AAUAAUGCUGCCAUGUUGUGUCUGAUCCAAGAGAGGUGGCCAGGGUACACGUCCAUAAAAUGCUCAAAAACUUUAGCCGUUGUCACAGUGUAGAAUGUCAACCAAAGAACCUCAAUCACAAGUCUUCAAGCACAGUGUGAAAGGUGACUCUCUCACGAUAACCACUGCCAGAAAAUCUACUGCUAAAUUACCACAAGCCUUGUCACUACCUAAGCUGGGCAUAACCAAAUCAGAAGGUGACAGUGGGAUUGGUUCAUCUGAUUCUUCGGACUCAAUGAGUGAUGUGAAGGACAGUUUCCAGGAGGCAAUAAUGAACCUCAAAGCUUUGAAUGGGGAAGGGGACAGCGCCAAGACUGAGUCUGGUUUGGAAAGCGACACUGUUAAGGAGAAAUCAGGGAAUUUCAAUGGCAAAUCUAUACUAAAAGCCAAAGCAGAUAUAGAUGAUCAAGCAAAUGGUGAUGCCAAGGCUGUAGCUUCUCCUGGAGUAGACUCUAAGCCAAGUGACAAUGGACACGAGACUCCUAGUAUAGAGUCAGUUAAUGAUAUUGAGGAUGUCAAGGAACAGGAGGAACCCAUGGAAGUAGAAGAUGAAGUAACAGAACUCUGUGAAGAAGCUUCUGAAGUUCAGUCUGAUGAACCUUCCCAAGUCCAAUCUGAAGAACCAUUGGACACUCUGUCUGAAGAGCCACCAGAAGCCCAGUCUAAAGAACCAUUGGAAGCUCAAUCUGAAGGACAAUGUGAGAUUCAAUCUGAAGAACCAUCAGAGGUUCAGUCCGAAGAACCAUCUGAGGUUCAGUCGGAAGUUCCUUCUGAGGUUCAGUCUGAAGUUCCUUCCGAGGUUCAGUCUGAAGAACCAUCCGAGAUUCAGUCUGAAGAACCAUCUGAGGUUCAGUCAGAAGUUCCUUCCGAGGUUCAGUCUGAAGUUCCUUCCGAGGUUCAGUCUGAAGAACCUUCUGAAUUACAGUCGGAAGCACCGUCAGAAGUUCAAUCUGAAUUGCAAUCAGAUGCUCAGUCUGAAAUGCAGUCUGGAGCACCAUCUGAGAUACAUUCAGAGGAAACAUCUCAGGAUGCUGAUAGGGAGACAUCUGCAGAACCAGAAGUAUCUACCUCUGAUAAAAUUGAAAUACUAGACAGUGACAAUGAAGAAACAAAUGAAACUGCCAAAACAUCAAAUAGCUGUGAUGAUGAAGUGAUGCUGCUGUCCGAAAGGGAACCUGUAACAGAAAAGGAUGAGAAGUCUCAGGAUUCUGAGCUUGGGGAUCAUCCUUUGACGAUCGGUGAUAAGGUCAGAAACUCAGUGAGAGAUAUCAUGUCCAAACUUAAACAGGGUAAUGAGUUGAAUAAACUUUUGGUGAAGCCCAAACACGAAGAGUGUAUGGAUAUUGAACCAACAAGUGGUUCGUCAGAAAAGAGCUCUGAAAAGAGCAAGCUCCUGUCUCCAUCUCCCAGAAAGGGCAACCUGUUUGAGAAUCUAACUGUGAUAGGAGCUGGGAGUGCAUCCAGCAAAACCGAUGGUAAAAGUGCUAAGGACAUACAAGAUGGAAAAAAUGUCACAAAGAAUACAUCUGAACAAUCAGUUUCACAAGAAAGUGAUGUGGAAUUAAUUGAUGAUGACUCUGACAAGAAGGACGAUGAUAUUAUUCUAUGUGAUGAUGAGGAACCUAUGGUCAACUCAGGUAACACAAAAGUUCAACCUCAGGGUACAGACACAAUUAAGAGUGAAUUUGUUUCUAAGGAACCCAUCACAGCCGAGACCAAGACUGAGUUCAUAAGGGAAAAUGAUAAGCCUGUUGAACAAGAGGUGAAGAAAGAAGUCAAAUCAGAGUGUAAAGUGGAAAUAGAUGAUGAUAUCAAACCUAUGGAGAUAGAGGAGGAAAAGGACAGCGAAGUCAAAGAGGAAGUGGAAAAGGUCACACAAGAAGAUUCAGCUGAAGCCGCACCUGCCUCUAGAACUGAUCGUAAGAGAUCUCAGGAAGAUCCAGCCUCAGAGUCCGGGGCUCCACCCAAGAGGUCUAGGCUGGACAUGGUCAUAGGAAAGUUGGGAUCACAAAUUGGAAUUUCUCCUGAUACCAUCAAAUCUGAUACCUCGGAUGAAGACUCCCACCCAGGGAGUGAGAUGAGUGAGAAGUCGGAGGAUGCCUUGUCUUCUGUGAGCGAUGAGGAUGAUGACAAGACAUCUCAGUCAAGCACAAAGACCAUUAGGCUAUCAGGGAAGGAAUUAGAAGCUCUUGUACGAAGUAAAGUCUCUGCCUACCUCAAAGCUCAUCGUGACAGCAAAAUGGAUUCUCUCAAGUCCAAGAUAGUGGAUCUGCAGAUGGCCAAUGAAUCGUGGAAAACUCAGGCUAAAGAACUGCAGAAGAAGGUCCUGGAGCUCACUGUUUUACAGCAGAGGUUGGAGAAGAGAAAGGCGGCUACCGCUGCACUCAGGCAAAUAACAACUCGCAGUGUGGCUGUGCAGGCCGAUGACACCAAGGAAAAACAGACUUUGCAAUCUGAGUCUCAGACUAAUUUUGCAACUGGUUUGGCAGUGAAGCAGCCUAAAACUCCCCCUAAAGCAGCUGCACCAGCUACCAGUACCAGUUUCUCCAUGCCAAUAUUCUCCAGCAACACUGCAUCUGCCCCCGUCAGUUCGACCAGCGUGGCUGGAGUUGUGUUUACAUCAGGCAGCAAGAUAUCCCCUGCCUCUGCAGUCCCUGGUACCACAGUCAACAGGAGCAGUGUCUCACAGUUGUUGUCUGCUACUGCUGUUCCGACCCCUCCAUCAACCAAUCUCAUAGCUGGCCAGCCUCCACUAGGUAGCUUGACCGGAGUCCGACCUCAGCUUGCCCACCACCUGAACACUGCCCUGUCAUCAGCCCUUCCCACAUCCUUAACCACAGUGCGCAGUCUCCUUGACAACACCAAGACCAUUGACACCACCAGCAAGUUACAAACUGUUUCAGGCCAGCCCAUAUCAGGCUCCAAUGUCAUAGUUGUAAGCUCUCCCAAUCUUGCUGGUCAGGUUGGGGCUAAAGGGAUUGUGAAUGUGCCCAAGGUGAUUGACUUGACAUCCGAUGAUGAUAACACUAAAGGUCCAGCAACUGGGACUCAGCCUGCACGAACAAUGACAGUGAUGCCCCGGGACAGCGGUUUCUGCUCUUCGUCCGGGUCUUGUGCAGCAACAAGUGAUCAGAGGGGUGAAUCCACUCACUUUACAACAGUCACUGACUAGUGAACAUCUAUCCUACUUAGUUCACCAGGACUUGUCAAUGCAGGUGCCCCGAGUUUAACACGGCCAGGAGGGACAUUCCAAAUCGUGACUGUAGCAUCAGGGUCCAAUCUACGACCAGGAACCUUACUGACUGUUGUUCCUGCUUCCAGCCAUGUUACACUCAACAGACUCAAAUACGCACAACUGUUCCCACGGUUCUACCUGUUGCUAAGCCGGCAGGGACUCCAGUGGGGCAGACCAUGCCUCAGUUACGUCCAGGUACAAUCACUGUUUCGGACUCCAGUUAGACCGGCCUCUUCAUUACAGACAGUAACAACCAGACCACCACCACCUCUACAAACAGCACCUUCAUCUACUCCAGCGUCAACACCCAUCUCUCUGGCUCCUGCCCCAACUGCAGCUCCAGCACCUGCCUCGUCACCUGCAGCCACUCCGAAACAUCCAGCACCGCUCCCUGCCAAACCAGCCAAUCAACUCAGCAGGGGGAUCAAGGGAGUCAUGCCUCCAAAACCAGGUCUCAAAAUCUCAAGAGUCAGUCAAGGUAUUGUGUUGUCCUGGAACAUGACACUACAAGACAACCAUGCAGAGAUAGCCUCUUACCAGCUGUUUGCAUAUCAGGAGAGUUCUGCUCCACCAAGCACGUCUUUGUGGAAGAAGGUGGGUGAUGUGAAAGCCCUGCCCCUACCCAUGGCCUGUACUCUAACUCAGUUCCAAGAAGGUAACAAGUAUCACUUUGCAGUUCGUGCUGUUGACAAUCACAACCGGCUUGGAGACUUCAGUGACCCCAGCACAAUUCAUCUUACACCAAAGUGAUCCCAUUAGCACUAUCUCAUCUGUUAAGGUGGUGCAACUUGCAAACCUGCUUUGACCUUUAGUAAAGAUCUGAUAUCUGAACUUGCUGGUAGAUACAAAUUAAGGCUUUUCUGAACAUAUUUCACAAGGUUUGAGUACCAGCAAACAAGGUUGCUGUGCUUCAUAAAUAGGAACCCAGUCUAACAUAAGAUGGCAUUAUUUAUUAUGGGACCAUACAACCUGUAUGUAGUACCAGGAAGUGCUUCAGAUUCAAGUAAAUGCCUAGUGCUCUUGUAGUUGAUCUAAAUUUGAGAGAACUUUCUGUUGAUAAGGAAGAAAAAGUUGUAAUUAAAGACUAAAUGUCCAAGUAAUUCACCAUUGUGGAUUGUGUCAGUCCUCAAAGAAAUCUUGGAUUGAAGUGUUUUUAGGUUUCUAUAUAUUGUACAUUUUCCAGUGGUUGCAGGUGUUCAUCUGUCAUUGUUACACUUUUUCAUUGGGCAUUAAUCAUUGCAAUUUGUUAUAAAGAUUGCAUUUGGCAGAGAUAUUUCUGUGAUGAAUCCAGUGAUGGAAGUGAGUCCUGAACAUUUCUACAUGUCUUGGAAGGCGACAAUGAUGACAUGGUUAGCUGUCGCCAAGUAGUUCAUUGCUAGUCAAAUGAAUCAACUGAAACAUGCAUUUCUUGAACUUGAUAUUAACAGCCCCAGAAUUACACAUACAAUUUGUUAAGGGUUCUUCUGUAACAUCCGGAACAACUUACUCAAAAUCUGUCAGAUUCCAGAUCUGACAGUUUACAAUAAAUACGUUGAAGAUACAAAAUAUAGAAUAUUGAUUUUGUCCUUUAAUCAAUGAAAAAACGAAAACCUGAUAGUUGUUAAAUUUCAGCAAAUUUAAAACAAUACCUUGCUGGAAGAUGACCACAUUUCUGUAGAUACCUUCUGAAUAAGGUUUACAGCUGAAGUGUCUUAGUACAUUCUCAUCCUGUUAUUGUUUUGUUGUAGAUAUUACCUAACUCGAUUAUUAUUACCUAACUAUUUAUUAUAUUGACAAAAGUUUUAUAUCAAGAAGGUUUGAAGUUUUUUGUCAAAAUGUUUAUCAAAUGCGUGAUGUAUGAUUUUGCUAGUAUUUGCAAAACAAACUGCAUACAUUUGAAUGGGAGAACCCUUGAGCUUUGGGUACUGAAGGGCAUGGCUUUGUGCUUGUAUUGACAAGUAACUGUCUCCAGAAGGGCAGGGACAGAGUUCCAUUUGUACUGGAGCUUAUUAUGUUGUGACGAAAUAGUUGCCGUCUAGAUUUCUUGUCUGUACAUAUGUAUAUACAUCGUUAAUUGGUCUGUAUAUGUAUCGUCUUUUCAUCACAAGAAAUAAACAUUUUUUAUAUGAG